GAAAUUGUGAAAAUUCUAAUCAAAUGGAAAUUUGAUGUACGGUUAAGAUUCAAUGAUUUGAUGAUCUUACUGUAGUGCCCAUGACUCUCGAUUCUACCAACCAAUGUUGCCGAUUGCCCGCGCAAUUUGAAAUCUUUUUCUCCACUUUUUGGUUGGAUUUCUCCACUUUUCUCCCCAACCAAAAAGUGGAGAAAAAGAUUGGCAUUUUUUAUAUCCGCACGAUCGAAGGAGAGAGAGAGAGACAUUGGGGCGUGUUUGGGUUGGUUGAUGAAGAGGAGAGGGGUGAAGAGGGGAAGUAAUAGGAGGAGAGACAGUGGGAAAAUGAAAGGGACAUUGGGGAGGCAUUUUCAGGUUGAGCUCCACCAUCACCAAUCAUCUUGCACCACCUCAUCCACUCUCUUCAGUCGGAACCUUCUAGAUUCCGAACCCGAUAACCCUGUCACUUCCGCUCUCGACCUCGACGCCGCCGAUGACAAAGAUUUCAUUCUCAGUCAAGAUUUCUUCUGCACUCCUGAUUAUAUCACCCCUGAUAAUCAGAACUUGAUGAACGGCUUUGAUUGCAACCAGGAAAAUAUUCCUUGCCCUAAUUCGCCGGAGAAGCUGAAUACACAAAGCAAGAGACCUCGACAAGAUGGUAUCUUGGUAAAUCCACUCAGUCCUACAUUAUCUGGCUCUCAAAAAAUAGUGGAACUUGCCAAAGACAACUUCGAUGUGGAUGAUGACAGCCUAGAAAAAACAGUCCUACCUGGAGUACAGAAGACCAAAAAUUAUGUUUCCCAAUCUGCUGUUGCUCUACGAUGUCGGGUUAUGCCACCUCCUUGCAUUAAAAACCCAUAUCUAAAGGAUGCUUUAGAAGUUUACUCAGAUCCUUUUGGAAAUCAAAGAUCAAAGUGCGAAGGUUUCUUCCCUGCAAUUAUUGGUGGAGCUGGCCUUUCGCGCUAUCGCACAGAUUUUCAUGAGAUUGAGCAAGUUGGUACUGGGAACUUCAGUCGUGUUUUCAAAGUUUUAAAGAGAAUUGAUGGUUGCUUUUAUGCUGUGAAACAUACUACACGGCAGUUGCAUCAAGAAACUGAGAGGAGGAAAGCCUUAAUGGAAGUUCAAGCUUUAGCUGCAUUAGGGUCUCAUGAAAACAUUGUUGGAUAUUACUCUUCUUGGUUUGAAAAUGAGCAACUCUAUAUUCAAAUGGAGCUCUGUGAUUACAGCUUGUCCAGAAAAACAUCUUCCCAGUUGUUCAAAGAAGGAGAAGUAUUGAGAGCCUUGCAUCAGAUUGCUAAGGCAUUGCAGUUUAUACAUGAAAGAGGAAUAGCUCAUUUGGAUAUAAAACCUGAUAAUAUAUAUGUCAAGAAUGGUGUUUAUAAGCUUGGUGAUUUUGGAUGUGCAACUCUCCUAAAUAAGAGCCUGCCAAUUGAAGAGGGUGAUGCUCGUUAUAUGCCUCAAGAAAUCCUAAAUGAGAACUAUGAUCAUCUUCAAAAGGUUGAUAUCUUCUCUUUGGGAGUUACUAUUUAUGAGUUCAUUAGGGGGUCACCUUUGCCAGAAUCAGGACCUCAGUUUCUUAGGGAAGGAAAGCUGCCACUGCUUCCUGGCCAUUCCCUACAAUUUCAAAAUUUACUCAAGGUCAUGGUGGAUCAGGAUCCAGUUCGACGGCCUUCUGCUAAGGAAUUAGUUGAAAAUCCAAUUUUUGACAAGGUUGAACUAAGGGAACUGUGAAACAAUUGAUUAAUUUAUGCACCAAAAUUUCUCCCCAUUCUGGUGCCCAUUUUGUAAAGUUGGUAUAAAGCCACGCUCAAGAUUUGUAGUAUUAUAUGACUAAAGCGAUCUCCUGCACCAGUUUUAUGCACCGAAUCAACUUUCUCUAAGUGAUGGUGCAAAUUUUGUAAGGUUCAAGGAAAGCAUAAGAAAUUCCAUGGUUCCUCUGAUA